GAGCAACGAGUCCAUGAUGUUAUAAACUGAUCAGAUGAUCUGUCUGAUACGCUCAUAUCCAAAGGGUACCACACCCUCCAACGGCGUGGUCCCACCAUCUUCUUCUUUCAUGUUAAGAUCAUUUGGUCAUUACUCGUAACAUACUUGGAACUUUCACGCGCCACCUCUUUUCUCCCGUCUCCCCACGUUUCCUCGUCAUCACCCGUUCACAGCGCUAAUCCAACGCUCUCAAUUGCUCUAUGACUUUUAUUUGGAAAACGAGCUUUGGUGUACUCGUCUGCACUGUAUAAUUUCCAUAAAACGAAAGCAGGGAGGGUGUUUCUUUUCUUUUCUUUUCUUUAUCAUCGUUUGGGUCUCAAAAAGAGAGCGACGGAUUCUUUCGUUUCUAACAUUUUCUUUUUCUAGCGAAGGAAAAGCGUAUUCCUCGUGAGCCUCAUCUACACCACUGUUGGUAGAGUCGGAGAGAUGACGUCAGAUGGGGCGACAUCGAUACCGGCGCCAAGGAGGAAGCCGUCGUGGAGGGAGAGAGAGAAUAACAGGAGGAGAGAGAGGAGGAGAAGAGCUAUUGCUGCUAAGAUAUAUACUGGGCUUAGAGCUCAAGGAAAUUACAACUUGCCCAAGCACUGUGAUAACAAUGAGGUUCUCAAAGCUCUUUGUGCCGAGGCUGGUUGGGUCGUUGAAGAAGAUGGCACCACUUAUCGAAAGGGAUGUCAGCCACCUCCAAUUGAUAUACCUGGCAGUUCAGCUAAAAUUACCCCAUUUUCUUCCCAAAAUCCGAGUCCAUUAUCUUCUGCAUUUCCAAGUCCAAUUCCUUCCUGUCAAGUCAGUCCUUCCUCCUCUUCCUACCCUAGUCCCACUAGGCUGGAUGCUAAUAACCCGUCGAGUCUCCUUCCGUUCCUUCAAAGUGCCAUUCCUUCAUCUCUGCCGCCACUCAGAAUCUCAAACAGUGCCCCUGUGACACCACCACUUUCAUCUCCAACCUCAAGAAACCCUAAGCCAAUUCCCAACUGGGAGGCCAUUGCAAAAGAGUCCAUGGCCUCUUUUAACUACCCAUUUUAUGCUGUUUCUGCCCCAGCUAGUCCAACGCACCGUCAUUUUCAUGCCCCUGCUACAAUACCUGAGUGCGAUGAAUCUGAUACGUCCACGGUGGAAUCUGGUCAAUUGAUAAGCUUUCAAAAGUUUGCACCUUCUACAUCUCAAAUGCCGACUUCUCCAACAUUUAAUCUGGUGAAACCUUUGCCUCUUCAAAAUUUGCCCAAUGAUUUGAUCAAAGAGAAAGGGCGAGGUGCAGAGUUUCAGUUUGAGAGUGGACAGGUUAAGCCAUGGGAAGGAGAGAAGAUUCAUGAAGUAGGAUUGGAUGAUCUGGAGCUCACGCUUGGAAGUGGCAAGGCGCGGUGUUAAACUGAGGCUAUUCAUUGAAUGAUGUUGUGAAAGUAUGCUAAAACAGAAGAAAAAGUUGCUUUGCCAUUCCUGGUUCUCACAGCCAGGCAUUGGAUAGCAUUCUCAGUUCUGUUGUUUCAUCUACAUGGUGAAAAGUGGACAUCUUAAACUAAAGGUGGGAGGAGUUACAUUUUUAUCUGCAAUUGUUCUUUUUCUUUUUCUUCUUUUUCCAGUUAGUUGAUGCUCACAUUCCCUGGUUGAAUUGUUAGGGAUUUGGGUUGUUUUUACAAGCAUUACUUUGUAGAUACUAUGGGAUAUUUCUGGUUGUGAUAUGAGUUGUUUGAUCUUUCCUUUA